AUGGCACCGUCAACUGAUUGGGAUGAGAUAAAAAGAUUAGCAGCAGACUUUCAAAAAGCUCAACUUACUUCUACGUCUUUAAGAUUAUCUGAAAGAAACUGCAUUGAAAUUGUCACAAAAUUAAUUGAAUUAAAGUUGAUUGAUGUUAUUUUUACUACUGAUGGAAAAGAAUAUUUAACUCCUCAGCAACUUAUAAAAGAAAUUAAGGAUGAACUGUAUGUUCAUGGUGGGCGGAUCAAUACAGUUGAUGUUGCCAAAGAGCUAAAUGUAGAUCUCAGUCAGAUCAACAACUAUGUCUCAGAAAUCAUCAAAGGAAAGGAGGUGCAGCUGGUUUCCGGCUAUCUAAUAGCUCAUUAUUACUUAGAAAAGGUUGCAAGAGAAGUGAAUGAAAAACUACAGCUUCAAGGUCAAAUAUCAGUUGGAGAAUUAUCUUUGCAGUAUGACCUCCCAGCAGAAUUACUGCAGCACAAUGUUUUGGAGAAAUAUCUUGGCAAAAUAAUUUUUGGGAAGCAAGACCCAUCUGAACCAAGGACUUUCUACACAGAGGAAUACAUAACAAGGACCAAGGCUAAAAUCCGUGGUGCUUUGAUGGGUUUGCUGAAGCCAACCCCAGUUGCUGUAAUUGUAAAUCACUGCAAUUUGACUGAUCGCUUGUUCUCUUCUCUAUAUGAUCAACUUAAUGCUCCUGGGGUACUCACUGGUCGCCAAGCUGGAGCUCUGUAUGUGCCAUCAUGUUACACAAAAUCUCAAAAUGACUGGGUCAUGAGUUUUUACAAACAAAAUAAUUAUUUGGAAUAUGAUGCUCUUUCCCGUCUAGGGAUAUCUGACCCCAAAGGAUAUGUGAAGCGUAUUCUGACAAAUGAAGAUUUAACUUUCCUUAGUAGCUGUGUUAUUGGUUCACAAAUCAAGCAACAGUUAGAAACAGCUUUGGAAGAAUGCAUAGCAUCUAGGAGUUAUUUGGAUGUUGUAACUUUGUUGCCAUCUGUUUUGACAGACACAGACAUAGAAAAUGUUCUUGAUGAACUUUUGAAAAAGUCAAAAUCAACAAUAUUGUUUGACAAUACAGUUUUUAGCAACCACUAUAUUGAAACUUUGAAGCAAGCUUGCAUGCCAUUGACACAGCAAAAAGCAGAAAGUGUUGUGAAAUCAGGUGUAUACCAACAGUUCCAUAUGGAAAAACAAAUCAAUAAAGCUGCUGAGUUUGCUCAAACAUCACAUGUAGACCACAAAGCAGAGAGACGUGAGGAGCGUAGAAGGAAAGCUGCUUCAGGAAAGGGUGGUGGUGGAACUCAAGGAAGGGAAACUAAAACGAAGGCAGUGAAAAAACAUGCAAGAGGAAAGCAGAAUACUCACGACUCUGACUCUGAUGAGGGUCCAAGUGUCACUAAAAAGUCACAGGCACAGUUGGAAAUCAUUAGUGUUGAUGAUGUUGAAAAUGUCAUCAAACAAACUUUAGAGAAUGAAGGUUUAGAAGACUUGGUGACUCGCAUAGCUGAACACUUACAAGGAGGACUUAACCAAAUUGGCUUAACAAUAGCUAAAGAAACUGCUGAUAAGUUGCUUCAAGAUGCUAGUCAAAACAGAAAACAAACUCACACCUCUGCACAGGAUAAAAUCAACAUAUUGGUUAAUGAUAUCAAACUUUAUGAAAAAGGUCUUAAAUCAUUCCCUGCAGAUCAGCAACCUCAGUUUAUCAAAUACUUGUUAAAAUCACUAGGAGGUGAUGUACUUGCAGAGUUGUGUAAAUAUGCAGCAAACCAAUGCAAUAUCUCUGUGCAAGGUGAAGUGUUGACAGUUGAACAGAGAAACAAAAUAAUCAAUGAUUUACCUGAUGAAUUUAUGAAGCCAUUAGUUUCAUUGAAUGGGACAUUGUCUGAACAAAAUAUGGAAUCAUUCUUUCAAGCAAUUGAUGCCUGCCUAUCUGAGUUUGGUAUGAUUUUGAAGAAGGUUGAUAAGAAAAAAGAUAAAUUGCUAGUUCAAAAUCACAGGGAAAAGUUAAUUUCUGAACUAGAAACUUGCGAGGAUCCAGCUUUAAGUUUGCAUAUGGCAGUGUUGGCUAUUUUUACGAUUGUUACACAAAACAUGUUGCAUGCCUCUGGUCGUCAAGUACCCAUUAUUAUAUCAUAUUUGAAAACUCAGCUUAAAGAAGAUGACUAUGAGCGACUCCAAUUAUGGCAUGAGUUAGUUUCAAAAUUUUUGACAUCAACCGAUGACGAAAAAACUGAAGUCGAGGAGAAACUCCUUCAAGAGCUACCUUUAUUGAAAACUAUGGUGCAAGAGAUUAAAAAAUACAAGUGA